GUCACAGCUUUUCGACGCACGUUGCUCCUUAGUUGUUUAGCAGUCUGCUAGCAGUGAGCAGUGAAAUUAAACAUCUUCACAUGGCGAAUGGAUGUAAAGACGUGUUGUUUUCGCGUGGAAGUGGACAGAGUGAUGAUUCGGAUAUUUGGGAUGACACAGCCUUGAUAAAGGCAUAUGACAAGGCGGUUGCAACCUUCAAGACUGCCCUUAAGGGUGAAGAUGAGCCCGAAGCCUCCAAGAAAAACCCACCUGGAAAAAAACGUAAGAACAACAAAAAGAACCAGAGCAGGAAAAGAACCAAUGCACCACCAGAUAAAGAGUGGCAGGUUGGGGACUCGUGCAGUGCGUACUGGUCCGAGGACCGCCAGCUCUAUGCAGCCACCAUCUCCUCCAUAGACGAGCAGAAGGGCACUUGUGUAGUCGUUUUUACAGGAUACGGCAACGAGGAGGAGCAGAACCUUGAAGACUUGCUUUCAGAGAUUUCUGAGGAAGACGAGGAAACAAAUAUCAAGGUAAAGGAGACGGAAUCGUCAACAGAGGAGAGUGAGAGGUCGACCACGCCAACCCAACACAAACAGCAGCCGCACAGCAAGGCCCAGAAGUCCAAGGCCCACAGAGUACCUCCUCCUAUGUGGGCCCCUGGGUACCCUCCAGGCCCCCCUCCCAUGCAUGCUUUCAGACCGGGGGGAAACAAACGAUCUGGUGGUCACGGGCCUGUGCCUCCUUCCUGGCCUCCCAUGAUGCCGUUUGGUCCACCAAUGAUCCCUCCACCCCCACCGAUGAGCCCAGACAUGGUGGAUGACGAGGCUUUGGGCAGCGUGCUCAUCUCCUGGUACAUGAGUGGAUAUCACACAGGAUACUACUUGGGUUUGAAACAAGGACGCAAAGAAGCUGCCAACUGGACGAAGCUGCACCACAAAUGAAACGAUCAACUCCACAUUUCAUGGUGUUUCUCAGAGCGUCGCGUCACCUGGAGCAGCAGCCACCCUCCCUGUUGUGCCCGAUGUGUGUUUUUCUUGUUUCAAUGAAAUGUUAUAUGAAGUGUACGUGCUGUGAACAGAACGUUCAUCUGAGCUCAAGGAGAAGAGUUUUUGUAUUCUUUGUAAAUAGAUUAAAUAAAGGCUAUCAGAGCACAGUUGAUAACUC